AGCUUCCAAUCGAGAACCAAUCGUACUCUCAACGCAACUCUCAACCCAAGCCGCAUUCAACAUGAACUUCAACAAGAUUUUCGUCUUCGUCCUGCUGGCGGCGCUGGUGCUGCUCGGUCAAACCGAAGCCGGCCGGCUGAAGAAGCUGGGCAAAAAAAUUGAAGGAGCCGGCAAGCGUGUGUUCAAGGCGGCUGAGAAGGCACUUCCAGUAGUUGCAGGAGCGAAAGCCCUCGGCUAAUUGACCACCCCCAGUCCCCAUCAAGGAUGUACCUUUUUUUUAUCUUAGUUCCAUACCCACCGCAAACAAAAUAUCCCUGCCACCAUGUGUCCAUUGUGAUAUAAAAACAUUUCCUACAACCAUUUUAUAAAUAAAAUAAAAAUCUGUGUUGUGAUCAACACA